AAAAGGGGGGGUAACAAAAAUGGGAGCUAAUUCAAGAUGGCGCGGCGCUGUAGUGCAAAUUCAGAGUAACAACCGAGACAACAAAGAAAAAGACGGUUAUAUUAGCGGGUUGCUUGGCAUUUUCCCUCAAAAAUGGUAGCGCGUCAGUUAGGCUAACAUUUAUACGUUUAAAGCAAUAGAGCUGCUUGAGCUCGGUGUUUAGAGAAGAGUGUGAAAGUGCUGUAGAAGGACUGACUUCACCCCCAGCUGCAGCAGCAAUGUCUCUCGUCGAUCCGACCUCAGAUACCACACCCUUCUUCUCCGAUGACGAAGGGGAGGGGACAGAUAUAAAGGGGGAGGGGCAGUCAAAUCAGCCGGAGCCAGAGUGUGCGAGUGGAGUGUCCAAAAACAGAGCGGUGAUGACCGUGGCAGUCCUCUGCUACAUCAACUUGCUGAACUAUAUGGACAGGUUCACUGUAGCAGGUGUGCUUCCUGAUAUUGAAAAGUUCUUCAACAUCAGUGAUGGCAAAUCUGGGCUGCUCCAGACUGUCUUUAUCUGCAGCUACAUGUUUCUUGCUCCUGUCUUUGGUUAUCUGGGUGACAGGUACAACAGGAAGUUGAUCAUGUGUGUGGGCAUCAGCUUCUGGUCUUUAGUGACUUUAGCCAGCUCCUACGUCGCCAAAGAUCAUUUUUGGGCGUUGCUGCUGACACGGGGGUUUGUGGGGGUCGGCGAGGCCAGUUACUCCACCAUUGCUCCCACCAUCAUCGCAGACCUCUUCAUCAAGGAGAAGAGAACUGCCAUGCUCUCUGUUUUCUACUUUGCCAUCCCCGUGGGCAGUGGCCUGGGCUAUAUAGUGGGAUCAGCAGUGGAUGAAAGGGCGAAAGACUGGCACUGGGCUCUGAGGGUGACGCCUGGUUUGGGUCUUUUAGCGGUAGUUUUGUUGGUGUUUGUGGUGCAGGAGCCCAAGCGUGGUGCUAUAGAGGCUCGGCCCGAGCACACCCUGCACAGGACCAGCUGGCUCGCUGACAUGAAGGCUCUCCUCAGGAAUAAGAGUUUUGUUCUGUCGACGUUUGGUUUCACGGCAGUGGCCUUCGUCACAGGAUCGCUUGCUCUUUGGGCUCCUGCCUUCCUCUUCAGAGCGGCGGUCUUCACUGGAGAGAAGCAGGCGUGCAUCCAGGAGCCCUGUGACACCUCUGACAGUCUGUAUUUUGGCAUCAUCACGUGUGUGACGGGAGUGUUGGGUGUAGCGAUGGGUGGAGCAGUCAGUCAGCGUCUGAGGAAGAGAACGCCACGUGCUGAUCCGCUCGUGUGUGCUGCUGGCCUCCUCCUCGCUGCUCCCUUCCUCUAUCUGUCAAUCAUCUUUGCCCAGGGCAGCACCAUAGCUACCUACGUCUUCAUCUUUUUUGGUGAGAUGUUCCUCUCGAUGAACUGGGCCAUUGUGGCUGACAUCCUGCUGUAUGUUGUCGUCCCCACACGGCGCUCCACCGCAGAGGCUUUCCAGAUCGUUGUCUCUCACCUGCUGGGAGACGCAGGGAGUCCCUACCUCAUAGGAGUAGUGUCAGACUCACUGAAGCAGGCGGACUCUUACAUGUGGCAGUUCCGCUCCUUGCAGAUUUCGCUCCUGCUCUGUUCUUUUGUUGCUGUGGUGGGCGGGGCCUUUUUCCUGACUACAGCCCUUUUUAUUGAAGAAGACCGACACUGUGCCGAGAACUAUGUUCCCUCAGUUGAUGCACCAAUUAUUGUCCCUAAGAGAGGAAGAUCCACCAAGGUGUCUGUGUCGAGUGUUUUAAUUUGAGCAAAUGAGGACAUGGAAGAAUCUAGAGAAUGCUCACCUCACUGGGGGAAGUAGAUGGAUGUAGCUGAGCUUGACACCACUGCUGGAGUAGUGUGGGAUGAAUAGAGUCACUGAUUGAACUUUCACCCCUUCAGGGAUUUUUAGGAUAAUUUAUUAUGUUAUGUUUGUUAUUAACACCUUUAUCAUUUUUGGGAACAUGACUAACCAUCAGGAAGUGUGACAUGGCACUUCUGAAGGACUUGCUUUCCUGGAAGAAAUGUGCUGUCCAGCAUUUAGCAUUCUAGCAUUCAGAGAAGAGCUGUGUCUCUUACUGAGGAAAGCUGAGGACUGUGGAAUUAUGGGAAAUGGUCUGGAAGAACACAUGUUCUGGGAAGGACUUUUUCUGUGAGUGAAGAAGCACAAACUGUGUUUUAAACCUCAAGCUAAAAGGAGGAGAUUUUAACCUUUUGUUUUAUUAACCAUUUAGAGACUAAAGUAAAUUAACAGAUAUCAUUUUACUGUAAUCACACUACAUAAUCAUAAUGACAUGACUAUGCAUUGAUGUGUAAUGUUACAUUACCUGGAAGACCUUUAUACAUGCUAUAAUAUUUCAACACAUCACACAUAUUAGUCAAGGUCUAGCUGAUUUUUUGUUCAGAUUAAAAACCAGAUAGAAAUCAAACACCUACCCCUCUGCUUCUGCCCAAGCGUCUGAUUUUUAUUAUUCUGAAUAUUAAAACUUGCCCUGAUUCUUAAUUGAAAUCGAAUGCAGUCAGUGAGAAAACAGCAGAUCUUCAGGAUGUGCCACUUAAAUGAAUAAAUUCAUUCCUUUUUUUAUUUAUUUUUUUAAGAAGACUGUGGUGUUUGUACAAAACGUUUUACUGAUCUGGAGAAACUGUAAUUUGGGAAGGAUCAAGUUUGACAAAGCAUGUUUCUUUUUUAAACAUUAAAUUAAGCUUCAGCUCA